AGAGAGAGAGACUGAACAAAAAGAAAAAGUAAGAAAGGGAAUGAAAUAAAUCAGAUCGAAUAGAAUUUUGACGUCCGCAAGGGACAUUAUUCUCUCUCUUCAUCAACUUCUCUCUCUCUCUCUCUGAAAGAUACAGCGAAGAACAGGACACAAUACUCUGAGCUAAACAUAAGGUAUAGUUUAAAUAAAGACAGUUUGUAGGCGGCAGAGAAUUGUUUUUGUUUCUUUUUGUGUUAUCCCCAAACCCUAUAAGAUGAAGAUGAACAGCAAGUGAGUUCCUUUCUCUACCUUGCUUACUGAUUUUAUCUUCUUUUUUAUUUUAUUUGAGACAGAUUCUUCUUGACCAGCGCUUGUGCUGCUGAGUUGGAAUGGAGUAGAGAUUUGCUUAAUUCGGAUCGGAGCUCCCUUUGGUGUAGAAUGUUCCAUACGGAAUCUAACCACUUAGAUUUCAUUAUUGGUCAGAAACAACACUGUUCGACUUCAUUGGUGCAUUGACCACAUCUUUGCUCCAACAACAAAGCUGAGAUUAUCUCCUUGUGUCUUGCUUGUUGGGAGAGUAUGGUACCAUCAGAGACGCCAAAUCCAGUUGGAAGUGGCGAUAAUGUUCCUCCACAACCACCAUUUCCUCCUUCUCCACUGACUCAGUUCAGUAACAACAUGACUAUGAGUAUGCCAAACAUAUCUUCACUCCUCAACAACAACCACUCUUUUGUAAACGGUGGCUCGGGUGAGUCAGACAUCGGGUUUAGUGGUUUGUCCUCGUCAGGUCAGCACUUCCCCAACGUCUCAGCUAACCAGCAACAACGGAGCACGAAAAUGGAGCCUCAGAAUUUUCAGCAGCAGCGUGGAGGAGGGUUAGCUGGUGUCAAGUUGGAACCUGGGGGUCAGGUUUCCAACGACCAGCAGCAGCAACAAAAAAUGUUGAGAAGUUUAGGAUCGGUUAAGUUGGAACCGCAGCAGCUUCAGGCCAUGAGAAACUUAGCACAAGUGAAAAUGGAACCCCAGCUUUCAGAGCAGUCAUUGUUUCUCCAGCAGCAGCAGCAGCAGCAGAGGCAGUUUCUUCAAAUGCCUCCUGGGCAAUCUCCACAGACUCAAAUGAAUAUAUAUCAACAGCAGAGACUUAUGCAACUUCAACAUCAGCAACACCUCCUGAAAUCAAUGCCUCAACAGCGUCCUCAGUUACCACAACAUCAGAGGCCACCGUUGAAACCAGUCUAUGAACCUGGCAUGGGUGCUCAGCGUCUUACCCAGUAUAUGUACCGACAACAACAUAGGCCUGAAGACAAUAACAUCGAGUUCUGGAGAAAAUUUGUCUCAGAGUACUUUGCUCCUAAUGCCAAGAAGAGAUGGUGCGUUUCUAUGUAUGGUAGUGGCCGGCAAACAACUGGCGUUUUCCCUCAGGAUGUGUGGCACUGUGAGAUAUGUAACCGAAAGCCUGGACGUGGUUUUGAGGCAACCGCGGAAGUCCUCCCGCGGCUAUUUAAGAUAAAGUAUGAAAGUGGGACUUUGGAAGAACUUUUAUAUGUGGAUAUGCCGAGGGAAUCUCAGAAUUCAUCUGGUCAAAUUGUGUUGGAGUAUGCAAAAGCAACACAAGAGAGUGUGUUUGAGCAGCUUCGAGUUGUUCGUGAUGGCCAGCUUCGAAUAGUUUUCUCACCAGAUCUUAAGAUAUUUUCUUGGGAAUUCUGUGCUCGGCGGCAUGAAGAGCUUAUUCCACGACGGCUUUUGAUACCGCAGGUUAGUCAGCUUGGGUCAGCAGCGCAGAAAUAUCAACAAGCCGCACAAAAUGCAACAACAGAUUCUGCUCUCCCGGAGCUGCAAAACAAUUGCAACAUGUUUGUUGCAUCUGCCAGACAGUUGGCAAAGGCUUUAGAAGUACCACUCGUGAAUGAUUUGGGAUACACAAAGAGAUAUGUUCGGUGUUUGCAGAUCUCGGAGGUUGUAAAUAGUAUGAAGGACUUAAUAGAUUAUAGCAGAGAAACAAGAACAGGACCAGUCGAGAGUUUAGCCAAGUUUCCACGGAGAACAGGUCCUUCGUCUGCACUGCCUGGUCCUUCUGCUCAGCAACCCAAUGAACAGCUAAGGCAGCAACAGCAGCAGCAGCAGCAAUCAGUUGCCCAGAUUGCAAACAACGAUCAGAGUUGUGGGCAAAGCUCAUUAAACUAUGCCUUCAGUGCAGCUCCUGCAUCCACCUCCACAAGCAGCAUCGCAGGGCUCAUCCACCAGAAUUCGAUGAAGCAAAGGCAUCAGAAUGCUGCUUACAGAACUCCAAGCAGUCCAUAUGGUGGAAACUCAAUUCAGAUGCAGUCACCAAGCUCCUCGGGUACCAUGGCGCCAUCAUCCCAGCAACAACAACAGCACAACCUGCCAUCGUUUCAGUCUCCAACUUCCUCAUCUAACAGAAACUAUCCAUCGCAAAACGGGAUACCAUCUAUUAAUAAUCACAUGGGUUCCACAAACUUACCAGCCGUUCAACAGGCUGCUGCUGCGGCUGCGGCUGAUGAAGCAAAUGAGUCUAGCUCGGUGCAGAAGAUACUUAAUGAGAUCCUGAUGAACAACCAAGCUCAUAAUACCUCAGGAGGAGGGCAUGAGUCUUUUGGGAAUGACGGGAAGGGAGGUAGCGAUGUAAAUAGCUCUGGUGUUCUGAUGAUGAACGGUCAAGUGAAUACAACAAGUAUGGGAGGGUUUGGUGGUGGGAUGGGUCAGUCGAUGGGAAUGAAUAAUAUUAAUGGGAACAAUGGUCUUAUGAAUGGAAGAGUUGGGAUGAUGGUGAGAGAUCCAAACGUGCAACAGGAUGUUGGAAACCAACUCUUAGGGGCAGUCAAUGGUUUCAACAGUUUUCAGUGUGAUUGGAACGUAUGAUGAAGAAGACUACGCGAGACUCUUACUACGGGUAAUGUUCUCUGUUUUCAAAGCACAUCACAAACUCAGGAUAAAGAUUAGGCCAUAAGCCGUUACGCUAUGCUGUGCUUAAGAAAAGGAAGAGUUAAAAGUUUUCCUACAACAACUGGUUUCUAGGCCACCCCUCGUCCACUACCACAAAUACCAUCUCGAGUUACUGUUUUUAUUUUUCAAUCUUGGGGAGUCUUCUUAUGCUUUUAUAGUUAUAGUGUACAUCUUUCUAUGGAUGUUGCAUCAUCAUGGAGGCAAUGGAUCAUGUGCUGUAUCCUUCAAUUUAUUUCGUCUUCCAUGUGUUAACAAAACUUUUCUAAA